AUGUUCUCAGUCGUGAUCCCCGGCCGACCAUGUCUAACAGACAUAGUCGCAGUAGACAGCCAACCCAACGGCCAAGCAACCAAAUUCGCCUUUACAAUUCCAUUGAGUCCCACAUUCAGCGAACUAGUCGUCUUCCUUCUGCCAGGAACAAUCCUGCCACCAAACACAGGCGCAGCCAUCUACGCCCAACUCCCAGACCCGACAACAGGCCAACCAACCGACUUCCGCUUCAUCGGCGCACUAGCAAAUGAAAAGCCCUCGGGCAUAUUCACCGUCCGACCACCCAACCCGGCGCGCACAGAAGCCGAGCAAGAAGACGACAUGCUCGACGAAGGUGGGAACAACGGCCCCAGUGCUGGCGUCUUGACACUCGGCAUCUCGAUCGAAGAGGUGCAGGUGAUUGCGCCACAGCUUGCUGCGCUUGAGGCGGAGAUUAUGUCUGCCGGCUCCGGGUCUGGGUCCGGCUCGACGGCCCUGGUGAUGCAGGGGUCUGGAUCUGCGCAAAGGCAGAUCUCGACCAAGGUGCUUGCGCAGCGGAUUAUUGGGAGUGCGUUUAACUUCCUGGCUAGUUUUGCGGAGUCGGAUAAGGGUCAGGAUGUUGUGCCGCUGAAGAGUUUCCGGGAUUGGUGGACUAAGUUUGAGCGAAGGAUCGAAGUCGAUCCUACUUUCUUGGAGAGGCAGGAUCCUAACUCUAAUUCUUGA